CUUGCGCAUCCGCGUGGGGGAGCUGGUGGAGGAUCCCGGGACGCGGAGACCCGGGGUCCCGGUAGCGGGGCGGCCCGCGGGCCACGGUGGGGAUGCACCGCCGCGGAGUGGGAGCCGGCGCCAUCGCCAAGAAGAAGCUUGCGGAGGCCAAGUAUAAGGAACGAGGGACUGUCUUGGCUGAGGACCAGCUGGCCCAGAUGUCGAAGCAGUUGGACAUGUUCAAGACCAACCUGGAAGAAUUUGCCAGCAAGCACAAGCAGGAGAUCCGGAAGAACCCUGAGUUCCGGGUGCAGUUCCAGGACAUGUGUGCUACCAUUGGGGUGGAUCCUCUGGCCUCUGGAAAAGGAUUUUGGUCUGAGAUGCUAGGCGUGGGAGACUUCUAUUACGAGCUGGGUGUCCAGAUUAUCGAAGUGUGCCUGGCCCUGAAACACCGGAAUGGAGGUCUGAUAACUCUGGAGGAACUACAUCAACAGGUGUUAAAAGGAAGGGGCAAAUUCGCCCAGGAUGUCAGCCAAGACGACCUGAUCAGGGCCAUCAAGAAGCUAAAGGCACUGGGCACUGGCUUCGGCAUCAUCCCUGUGGGCGGCACUUACCUCAUUCAGUCUGUUCCAGCUGAGCUUAAUAUGGAUCACACUGUGGUGCUGCAGCUGGCGGAGAAAAAUGGCUAUGUGACUGUCAGUGACAUCAAAGCCAGUCUCAAAUGGGAGACGGAGCGAGCGCGGCAAGUGCUGGAACACCUGCUGAAGGAAGGGCUGGCUUGGCUGGACCUGCAGGCCCCAGGGGAGGCCCACUACUGGCUGCCGGCUCUCUUCACUGACCUCUACUCCCAGGAGAUUACAGCUGAGGAGGCCAGAGAAGCCCUCCCCUGACUGGGAAUGCGGAAGGGGGCACAGCGGCAGGCAGGGAGAAGAGGGAGGAGCUGGUGGUGAAUAAAACCUCGACAACUUUGUUGUAAAAAAGAGCCAAAAAAACCCAAAAA